GGGGGUUGGGAAUAUGUGCUUGGGCAAAGACAGUUAUAGCGGUAAUUGCUGUAACCCAGUGGUGUCUAAAUUGUCAGCCAUAAAAAUGUGCAUUGUAUCUUGUAAGCGGAUACCAGGUCUGUGAAACACCCGUGGUAUAACGACCAUCGUUGUCCAGCCACGCAAGUUUAAAUAAGUUUAUUCAUUCAUGCACUUUUGCAUUCUAGAAUUUAGGCAAAUUCUAAAAUGUACUACUGUUUCUUGUUCGUGUUUCUUUAUUACGUCACACAUCAGUGUAAUGGGUAUUCAUCGGGAAACAUUCCGCUAUCUGUUUGUUCCACGAUGACUCCAAAUCAUCCUCUGAACUCGCCGCAAGGUGUCGUUACGAGUCCUUUUCAUGUUUCGGUUCAAUAUUUCACUUAUAUUCCUGAUCACGAUCAACCAGUUUACUUAUCUAGUUCCACGUCGGCGACUUUUAAAGGGUUUUACGUCCAAGGUCGAGCUUCACUAACUAAUGAUAUCAUCGGUCGAUUUAACGUUAGUGCAGGACCAUCAAGUUUGACCACUGCACACAAUUGCCCGAGCACUGUAAGCGACGCAGCUCCAGGAAAUGCAGUAAGUCACAACUCUGCGUGGUCACAAAACGCAAGUCGACCAUCAUCGUUGACACUACAUUGGUCAACGAGACGAACUAUAACCACAGAUGCAGUGAUAAGGGCAACAUUCGUUCAAUCAUACACAACGUACUGGGUUGGAGUGCAGAGUGUUGUGCUGAAACAUCUCCCAUCAUUAACCACAAUAGGUUGCUGCAAUACUGAAAAAGUUAACACUACGACACCAAGUUUCUGCCAAACAUUAAACCGAGCACAAGAGAAUGACGAACACAAUGCUAGUAUUGUGCAACAAGCUUUACAAAUCAGUGAAACUUUGGCUGAAUCAGAGGCAGCCACUGUUAUCAGAUGCUUUUUAUGGAGCUCAGGAUCUUCUGAAAGAUUUCGACAAAAUGUUACACGAUGUUGUAAGAUAAGCCAAGUGUCACUAGAAUGCCAAACUUACUGCUCCGGUUCCUUCUACGCGACUUACGGCUCGACUACACUUCCAACAAUAGGACUGCUUGGUUGUGUUGAACAAUUCCCAAUAAUUUCUACAUGUCUAAUUUACCCAAACCACAUUCUUAGUAACACCACUGUGACGUGCCAACCUGGUUUUCAAUUAUUUAAUGGCGUUUGUGUUGAUACAGAUGAAUGCUUUUCACCUUCUGCAUGCGUUCCAAAUGCAUUAUGCAUGAACACAUUUGGAAGUUAUAAUUGCAUCUGCUCUGAUGGUUAUACUGGUAAUGGUAGACAUUGUACAGACACAAAUGAAUGCUUUUCACUUUCAACAUGCGAUCCAAAUGCAUUCUGUAAUAAUAGAGUUGGAAGCUUCAAUUGCAUCUGCUUUGAUGGUUAUACUGGUAAUGGUACAGUUUGUACAGAUAUAAAUGAAUGUCUUUCUUCUUCAAAUUCUUUGUGUGAUCCAAAUGCAUUCUGUAAUAACACAGUUGGAAGCUUCAAUUGCAUCUGCUUUGAUGGUUAUACCGGUAAUGGUACAGUUUGUACAGAUCUUGAUGAAUGCAUGGCAGGUUCUCCUUGUCAUUUAAACGCACAAUGCAACAACACUAUUGGUAGCUUUACAUGCAAAUGCAAGACUGGUUAUACCGGUAAUGGUACUCACUGUUCUGAUAUUAACGAAUGCCUGACCCCCACAACCUGCCAUUCGAACGCACAAUGCAGAAACACCGUAGGAAGCUUUACAUGUAAUUGUAGCCAAGGUUAUGUCAGCAACGGAUUCCAAUGUUUUGACAUUAAUGAAUGCUUGUCAAUGUCAACCAACAAUUGCCACAUGAAUGCUACUUGUUCCAACACAGAUGGAGGUUUUAUUUGCUUUUGUAAUUCUGGUUUCACUGGAGAUGGUGUCAACUGCCAAGUGCUUGCUACGCCCGCACCAUUACCGCUGAAUGCUGUGGUAUUUGAGAUUAUAACAACAAUAAACAUCAACUUCACGAGCCCACAGAAAGCAAAUGCAAUCAUUAAUUUAGAUAAAGAACUUCUCGUUGUUGCUCUUGCCCCAAUACCUGGCUAUCAUUCAGUGCGAAAAAUAUCUGAUAGACAGGGGAGUGUGAUUGUGACAUCAGAAGCAAUAUUCACCACAUCACAAACUGGAUCUGUUUACAACGUGCCAAGUUUGAUGAAUAUAAGGAACAGCAUCAACCAGCGUGCGAAUAGCAUCAAUUAUUUACUCCCCGGGAAUAUUCCAAUCAACCCAAGCAUUCCUGUCAAUAGAAGAAAAAUAGCGGGAAACACUCAAUGCCAGCCCACCACAUGCCCUCCAGUGGCCGGAUACAACGUACGAUGUGUUGACGUUGGAUUAUCAAGUUUUUCUUGUGUUUGUUCCACACCUACCAUGGAAGUUCCGUGUAGCGCAAGUGGCCUGUCUUCUACAAGAAACCCUACCACUGCUGAAGUUACCCAGCCAGUCACUACCCCUGCCCCCACUACCCCAAGUGGGUUACACCCUGGCAUCAUCGCCGGCAUCGUCGUGGGUGUGGUUCUUAUUCUCACAGUGGUUGGUGUGGUGGUGUAUUGCAAGUAUAGGAAGGAAAAAGAUUCAAAACCGAGCGACAUCGACUCAACUUCACAUUAUGUUGAACCAAAUAUAUUUGUUGAACCCGUUUACAUGGAAGUUGCAAAUUCAACUGGAAAAAGGAACUCAGUGCGAACUUCUAGUGACGGCUAUCUUGACAUCAGUGAAGCUUUCUAUAACGUUGGUGCUUCUAAUGAUUCAACCAAUCAGCUUCCCGUGUUGGCAUCUGAGGCUGGUUAUGAAGAACCCAUGAAGCUUGUGGCCAAGAAUCAACCAAAUGUUUCCCCUGCGCUUCCACGUCGUAACAAACCACUAAUGGUGGCAGAAGAUGAGGACGGAUAUCUUAAACCUCCAACUUUAGAUGCUACGAUGACGGACACCAAAGAUAAAGAAAUGAAAGACACAAACCCUCAGGAAAAUUACGAGUUGUACGAUAAAAGGCAGACGAUUCAAAUUAACGACACACUCGCAGAAGUUGGCGAAUAUGAAACAACAGAAGCAACAACUGACAACAACAUACAGGAUGAAAAGUUGUAAUAACAAACAUCUACAAACUUUUCGACUUUAUUUUCUAAUAUUUGCCGCACAAGUUUUAACGAAACAACAGCUCAACGUUGUCACCAUUGUGGGCAUGUGUUUGUUCAAGACACCUAACGACAAUUACUCCAACCCAGGGGUCACUGAUUUAGUUGAAAUUACAACUGAUUCGUAAUAAAAUGAAUAACUUACAAAGUUACAUGUGUGGUUAUUCAUGUGCAGGCGUGAGGUGUAAAAAACAGAACACCUGUGUCAUUUUUUUUUAUUUCUGGUACAAAGGAAUUUUAUUUUUUUGUCAUGUAAAAAAUAUUUUUAUUUUUUUUAUGUAUAUGGCUACACAAGAUUUUAUAUUUUUUACUCAAGAAGUUUCACUUCCUAAAGUAUUUCAUUUUCCUUAUGUAUUUGGGUUUAUGAGAUUUUGUCCAAACGUACAUAAAAAAAAAGAAAUAUUUUGUGUACAUGCAUGCAUGACUAAAUAUCAUGUAUCAGAAUACAUGUUUGUUUUGUCUCAUGUUGCAUAUACAUAAUUAAAUAAAUCGAACAAAGC